GAGGAAAGACAUCAGGCGGUAGAAAGAAGCAUGUUGGACCAGUGACAAAUCUGUCCUUGGGUUAGACCAAGACCUUCACACACAAAACAAAAAAAGCUUCGCCCUAACAUUCUUGCUGUAACAAACAAGGAACACUUCGCUUUUUCCUCUUUACGCACUGGAUUAUAACUGAACUUCGAGGACUGCUUUUCUUUUUCAACACAGCGCAGAAGUUUACUCCAUUUGUUUUGUGAUUUUAUUUUUUUAAGGUUUGGGAUUUAUCCUUUGUCUUUUUGUGCCUCGGGACAUGAGUGAAAACGGCGUGGCACAUAUCCACAGCAGUUGAUGAGAAAACCCUGUGAGGCGACAGAAACGUGCUCAAUGUAUCUUCCUCAGAGGGACUGAACAGGAGGAGGCACCCUGACGACAAGCCGAGCCCCGAGACUUUUUACUCUAUUUAUUUACUAUUUAUUAUGUAUUUAUUUAAUAUGGGGCGCGUCAUCCUGCUGACUCUUGCCGUCAUGUCCAUGUUGCUGUGCCAGGGGUUUUGCUCGGGAGUUUUUGAGCUGAAGUUGCAGGAGUUUCUGAACAAGAAGGGAGUACAGGGCAACAAAAACUGCUGUAAAGGAGGUCUGGCUUCGUCUUUCCAGCAGCAGUGCGAGUGUAAGACCUUCUUCAGGAUCUGUCUCAAGCACUAUCAACCCAACGCUUCCCCAGAGCCCCCGUGCACCUACGGCGGAGCUGUGACACCCGUCCUCGGCUCCAAUUCAUUCCAGGUCCCAGAUGUCAUCCCGGAGAGUUCGUUCACCAACCCCAUCAGGAUUAACUUCGGCUUCACGUGGCCGGGGACCUUCUCGCUGAUCAUUGAAGCAUUACACGCCGAUUCCAAAGACGACCUCUCCACGGAGAACCCAGACCGGGUUAUCAGCACCAUGACCACCCAGAGGCACCUGACUGUGGGAGAGGAAUGGUCCCAGGACCUGCACACCGGGGGAAGGACCGAACUCAAGUACUCCUAUCGAUUCGUGUGCGAUGAGCACUACUACGGGGACGGCUGUUCAGUGUUCUGCCGGCCGAGAGACGACGCCUUCGGCCACUUCACCUGUGGAGAGCGCGGGGAGAUUGUGUGCGACGCCGGGUGGAAGGGGCAGUACUGCACUGAACCGAUUUGUCUGCCAGGAUGUGAUGAAGAGCAUGGGUUCUGCGAGAAACCCGGGGAGUGCAAGUGCAGAGUGGGAUUCAAAGGGCGCUACUGCGAUGAUUGCAUUCGUUACCCGGGCUGCCUCCAUGGGACCUGCCAGCAGCCCUGGCAGUGCAACUGCCAGGAGGGCUGGGGUGGACUCUUCUGCAACCAAGAUCUCAACUACUGCACUCACCACAAGCCCUGCAUGAAUGGAGCCACUUGUAGCAACACUGGCCAGGGCAGCUACACCUGUUCCUGCAGGCCUGGCUUCACUGGGGCCAGCUGUGAGAUUCGGGUCAACGAAUGUGCUGGAAACCCCUGCCGCAAUGGAGGAAGCUGCACUGAUUUGGAAAACACAUAUACCUGCACUUGCCCUCACGGUUUCUAUGGCAACAACUGCGAGCAAAGCGCCAUGACGUGUGCUGAUGGGCCUUGCUCCAACGGAGGCCGCUGUACUGACAACCCUGACGGAGGCUACUUCUGCCAGUGCCCCACGGGGUAUGCAGGGUUCAACUGUGAGAAGAAGAUUGACCACUGCACCUCCAGCCCCUGCUCCAAUGGUGCACGCUGUGUGGAUCUCGUGAACUCCUACUUGUGUCAGUGUCCAGACGGCUUCACCGGCCAGAACUGUGACCACAGUGGUGAUGAGUGUUCUUCGUAUCCUUGCCAGAAUGGUGGCACGUGCCAGGAAGGUCCUGAUGGCUACACCUGCACUUGUCCCCCGGGAUACACGGGUCGCAACUGCAGCUCCCCGAUCAGCCGCUGCGAGCACAACCCCUGCCACAACGGUGCCACCUGCCACGAGAGAAACAACCGCUAUGUCUGCGCCUGUGCUCACGGAUACGGUGGCAGAAACUGUCAGUUCUUGCUUCCAGAGCACGCUGCCAUCCGGGGGUCAGAAGUUCCCUGGAUGGCCAUUGGUUCCGGGGUGGUUCUGGUGCUGCUGCUGUUGGCAGCCUGUGCUGUUCUGGUUGGCUUUUUCCAAUCAAAAGUUCAGUGUGACGGCCAAGUAGAAACUGUAGGCGAAUCAGAGACAAUAAAUAACCUUACUAACAACUGUCACCGCAGUGACAGGGACCUGGCCAUCAGUGUGAUGCCGAUGCCAGGUGUCAAAAACAUCAACAAGAAGAUGGACUUCUGCAGCGGGGACCCCGAUGAAGGAUCUUCACCAGGGAGGAGCAGCUACAACAGCCGCCAUCUGCCUGCAGAUUACAAGCUUGUACACGAGGUCAACUACGAGCAGGCGGCCAAGGAGGCCAUGCUGGAGGCGGCCUGCGAGGACAAGGACUCAUUUGAGUUUGAGGAGAAGCGCAGCAAACGUUUAAAAUGCGAUGCAUCAGAAAAGAAAGCCCCAGAAAUGUCUGCAUGUGCGGACACCAAGUACAAAUCUGUGUUUGUGAUGUCAGAGGAGAAGGACGAAUGUAUAAUUGCAACUGAGGUGUAAGAAGCCACCAAUGGGCUGCCCGUUGUUCAUUUACUCUAUAGGAGAGUUUUUAUGCUCCUUCAGAUGCUGCUCUAAACCUAGGGGGAGGUGUCCCGCCUUGAGACUGCUGCUGAUACGUUUAACUGAUAUUCAGAGUGAGCUGGUUCUCUACUGGAAACUAAGCGCAGGCAGUGGCGGCCUGUGGGAUUAGAACUGGCAGGGUAAAAAAAAAAAGUUUACAGUUCAAAGUAAACUGCUUCUUAGCUUUCUGUUCUGCCUGUUAAGAGGGAGUGGGGUUUUUGUAAAAAAUAAGAAAAAAAGAAGAAGAAAAAAAAUAUAAAUGAACGCUGUCCCGUAGCGAUGAUAUACGAGUUUUGUUUUGCAACAUUUGCACCCAGGCCUUUUCUCUAACCCACACGCCGUUGCUGAGCGCAGGAACUGCAUCAAACGGUGGAUGUUUGGCCAUACUGGCCUGUUCUUCACGAGGCUGUUCUCGUGGGCUGUGCGCCCAUCACUACACCUGUGAAGACUGUAUGUAUACUUGAUCACUGUGUUAACUGAAGUGCGUUUUCAUCCCUAAGCCCUCCAAACCAUUUUAUGACAUAGUAUUGUUCAGUUCUUUUCUUCUUUGGGAUAUGAAAACUUUGUGUUGAUUAAAAGAAAAAGAAAGUUGCUUUUUGAUACUGAUUUUGUAAAAUAAAUAAAGAAAAAAACAAGUUAUGAUUUAAAAUUAUGAUUUAAUUUAAGUUAAUUUAAUGAUUUUGUGCUGUUUUUAUUUUGUAUUAUAUACUUGUGAUGUUUGUUAUGAUUAUUUAAGUUGCUUUUUUUAAUGAUAUUUGCAAAGGCACUUCAGGUCAAUGGGAUGGUUUUUCUUUGUUUUGUUUUGUUAAGAAAAUGUUAUUUAAGAGGGAUUGUACUGUACAAAUUGUUAUGU